AUGAUUCAGCCUAGGUCCGCUGUCUACCCAGACAGACCCGCAUUUCUAGGAGCCUUCCUGAGAGUCCGUGGAACCAGAUACGAGUGUGUCCGUACUGGGGCGGUGUUAACACACAGCAGUAGUGACGAGAAGCAGUCUGUGACCUUGACCUGGAUAGCCCCGCCUGGACCUGCUGGUCACGUCGUGUUUAGAGUAACUUUCGUCCAGUCGUACACAAACUACUGGGUGGGCAUCAACUCGCCUGUGGUCUAUGACGGUACGUCACGUGAUCUGACGAUGAUGCAAGCGUUCAGCCUUCAAUCCGCCACCGAUCAGUCCUGUCUACCCACUAGGAGGGCAGAAACAACUACAUCGGCACCGCCAACAACAACGUCAACAGCAGCACCAACAACAAGAAGAAGAACUGCGACAAUACUACCUCCCCGCCGGAUAUUGCAAACCACAACUGCCUUCCCAGCCACUCAAGGCUUCAAGGGAUUCUUUGAAACUACAACCAACAACACCACGCAUUACAACGACAAGAAUAAUGACCACGACAACUACUCCGCAGCCGACAACAACAACGACGAUAAUGACAACGCCAACCACUAG